AUGGCACUCACACGAUUCCAAGCGAAGUGGUAUUCUGUCUUCUCCGGCGACAAAAUACCACUUCUCUCACACAGUUAUCUCACGGUUGCAUGGCACCAGAGCAAAACGGUUCGUUUUUUUGAUAUAGACAGUGGACUCUGGGGUGGCCAUUGCAAGUCUUCAUCAAUAGCAAAGGAGAACUGUGCUUUGAAGUGCCUCUCUCCUACUUGUUAUGAGCUUAUAUAUGAAAGUGAUCCGCUCGAAGAAGGAGAGAAAGACUAUAUUAGGGGGCAAGAAUUCAAGUAUUGUAUGUACAACACGAUAUGUAUUCGGAUAAGGGGUCUGCUUUCCAGGGACAAGCAGGUCGGGCCCCCGCUAUUUAAACCAGAACGAAACUUUACAUCUCAAAUUUAGAUUACGGUGUUUCCAGCGACGACGUUAAGACCAUGAAGAAAGAAAUAACGA